AUGGGCAAACAAGAAAUAAUACUAGGACAGCCUUGGCUCCAGUGGUACUCUGCGUUGAUUCAAUAUACUUGUCAAGGUGCAAUGAACAUGCGCAUUUGGCAAGACGGCGAUGGUGACAAAACUGAUGGUUCACCACAGGGUCCUUCCGUUCUCAUCCCACUUUGUACCCCUGGUGCACCUUGUAAUGCAGCCACGCUCAACCUCGAUCAUCGCGUGAGAAUAGAAGAAGUAGACGACGUUGACGCGGGAAAAUGA